AGACAGAAAACGAUUUUUAAUGGUUGUAACUUCAGACUUCAAAUUGUUUGGAUUUGAUUUCAGAAUUAGAGCAUUUGACUUACAAGUUUUUAGCCCUCCAUUGGAAGUCGAGUCCGACAACACACAAAGAAACAGGACGAUCCAAAGUCACAAGCUUCACUUUCCCUUAACACAAACAUCGAUCUCUGUUCUCUGAUCUCAACUUAACAACACACCCCAAAAUCCUUUGGAAAAAACCCAACAAUGUUACCCUUCUUUCAACUUUACUCCAAUCUCAUACUCCAAACCUUGUUCUCUUUAUCCCUCACUUUAGUCCUCACUUUCCUCAAAAUCCCUGUUUUCUUUCUUCAAGGUCUCCACACUUACAUCCACCCUGAUAACGUUGCCGGCCACCACGGCGGCCCUGCUUCUUCUUCUUCCGGUGUUAGAGCCGCUAUCCGUAGACCUUCAGAUUCAGGUUCUGGACUUGAUGGUUACCAAUCUUUAUCUUCAAGAACCAAUGCUGAGCUCAAAAAGAAGAACAAAUCUAAAGACAAAUUCGAAUUCGAUGAAAACAAUGCACAGAUCUUUAGGCUAAAACUCGAUGAGGGUCAUCUUCAAACAAGGCUUUUUUACAAUGAUUAUCACAAUUCUUUCGUUUUUUCCUUUGUGGGUAUUUCUUGUUUGUUGCUUUACAAGUAUUUAGGUUACAAACAAGAUUCUGGGGUUUUAGCAAAUGGUGAUUUGAUACCAAUUAUCUUUGGGUUUAUUGGUUUAAUCAAAGCUUUUUCAUCACUUGCAAAGAUAUCGUUUGAGAAAUCUGGUUCCAAGAGAUCUGAAAAGCAAUUCAGUGCAAUUUUUGGUGUUUUAGGGUUUAUUUUAGGGAUUAUAAUUUGUUCUGGGAUUGGACCAUUGGUUUUUGAUUUCCAUUUCGAUUCAAUUGAAGGGUCUUGGAGGAUUUUUGUUUCUAUAUUGAUGGGAUUCAUUGCUGGUUUUUUAUAUAUGCCUGCUGGGAAAAAUGCAAGAUCCUUUUGGCUCGGUACUGAUCAACUUAGAUGUAAUUUAUCCAUAAUUUCUUGUGGAUGGUUCUCUAGAUUGAUUCUAUAUGCCAAUUAUAUAUUGACUGUGUUUACUGCUUUACUUUGGAUCAAUCCAUUUGUUGAAAUCCUUAGUUUUGUGAGGUUUUCGAAAUCCGAACUUACCAGAUUUAGGCUUCUCUGCUUAUUGCUUUCCGGAGUUUUACAAAUCGUCGCCUUACGUUCGAACCUGCAGAUGUUUUUGAAUGAAGCAGUUUUGUCUUGGUAUCAAAGAUUGCAUGCCAGUAAGGUCCCAGAUUUGGAUUUUAGCCGUGCUAAGGUUUUCCUGCAUAAUCACUACUUAUGCCUUGCAGUUGUGCAAUUCUUUGCUCCAUCGAUAUCGCUACUUCUCUUUCUCGGCUUAUCUCAGAUUGAUACUAAUUCGUUUGAUACGUACAACCUGGUUAAAGAAGUUGCUGUGUUUAUGGCUUGGUGGAUCGUCUUUGUCUGGGCGGUUAUUACUUCGGCAAGUCUGGUGUUUUACCGACGCGGUAUCCUGUAUGUUUUCUGAUAACUCGGUUUUCUGUAGUUGUUGGCCUUUGGCUUAGAUUUUUUGCUUGUAACAGAUGAUUACAUACGUUUUUUUUUUUUUUGUAUACGUCGUGAUUGAAUACAUGCUGCAAGAAAACUCUUUGAGAAUGUUAUUUCAUUUAUAGAUGUAGUUAAGAGAUUUUCAGAUGUAUGCCAUCGUAGCAUGAUUAGAGAAUAGCUGAACAUUUUCAGUUUCUUAUCUGUUUACUCUUUGGAGAGCCAUAAAUUGCUAUUUUCCGAACAAACGGUUUGCUAGCAUUGCUCCGUGUAAACCAUUUUAGUUUAAAGGAUCUCUCAUCGAUUCACGAUAUAUCGACCUGCAUUUUUUCUAUCAUAUGAGGUAAUAUAAUCCUUUCACAUCUCAUGGUAGCUUGUCUUGUAAGGAAGAAACUAUAACUAUGUUAUGUUGCUUGCACAAUGGGCAAUGAAAUGUUGCUUUACAUUUAAGAUUUUUGAACAUGUUUAAUCAUGAUGUCUUAAGAACUUUAAUGGGUUUAUAUAUGAUUCCGUAAUACUACUUUUUAUAAGAUUUAACAGUAAAUAAAUUUCAACUUGUAAUAAUUACAUAAAACAACCCAAAAACCCCCAUUGUGAUAUAAAUGGAACACAAUACUUUUUUUUUUUUUUUUGUAGAACAUAAAGAUCAAACAAUGGAAGAAAAACCAAAUCAAGCAUUUAUUUCUGAAUUGCAUUGAUGCUCUCUACUACAGCUCCUUCUGCCCCAAAACAUGCUUGAACAGGUUGUUCUCUCUAGUCUCGGUCCUUCAAUUUUAUCCUGUUCUAGAGAUGUUGCUUGUGAACGUCUGGGGGAUUCUUCUUGUGUUUCUACUGUUGUCUCUCGAUGUUCGAAAGAGGGGCACGGACUGUCGUUGCAGGUGCAUAAAGGGAUGGCGACAGAAGGAAAUGGGCUACAGGUAACUGGGCAGAAAAUGUCUGAAGAGACCGAUGAAACACGGUUCAUUCUGAUCUCUGAAGUUGGUGAUGGGCAAUCUGCAUCACGGGGAUGAAGCAUGCAUGGUGUACAUAGGCCGAAGGAGAGCUGUAGCUUGAUUUCUUUUAUUGGCGAACUCGGCAACUUGACAAAGGAGAGGAUGCUGUGUCUACAGAGAGGGCAUGGAAUAGAACCUGUUGGGGCAACCAUGUUGGACGGAAUGUGGCUUGUUGAGCAUAGAUAGAGUGCACACCUUACGCAUAACUCAUGCCUGCAUCCUGAAUUCGAUGUGUAAAAAACAAAUAAGUACAGCAGUUUAGUCGUAUGAUAGAAAAUGUAUUAGUGAUGUUAAUAACGAAAAGAAUUCCCGGCUACUUUUAGAUGCUA